UUUGCCUUUUAUGGACUUCGUCUGAGGGAGUGUGUCGUAUUCAUGGUGCUGCUUAACCAGUGCGCCUCACUACCAAAAACAGCACCACCCCUGAAGCCAGAUUUUCCCUUUGUUUUCAUGUGGAACGCUCCCACCGAACUCUGCGAGAGCAGGUUUGGUAUGGGUCUGGACCUGACAUACUUUCAGUUCGUCAGCAGCACUUUGAAGACGGCGAUCAACCAGAGCAUCUCCAUUUUCUACACGGACAGAUUCGGCAUCUUCCCCUAUGUGGAUGAAGAAACUGGAGAGACAUACAGCGAGGGACUCCCUCAGCUAGUUGAUAUCAAAGAGCAUCGCGAAUUAGCAGAAGAUGACAUUAUCUUCUACAUCCCCGUCGACCAGCCCGGCCUAGCUGUGCUGGAUUUUGAAGAAUGGAGGCCGCAGUGGGUCCGUAACUGGGGCAGCAAAGAUAUCUACAGACAGGUGUCAAUCGAAACUGUCAUGCAGAAGCAUGUCUUACUGACCAAGGAAGAGGCAGAAGUCAUCGCCAAACGAGUGUUUGAGGCAGCAGCCAAGCGCUAUUUUUUGAAAUCUCUGAAGCUGGGAAAAACACUGCGUCCACAGCGAUUGUGGGGCUACUACCUGUACCCAGACUGCUACAACUAUGAAUACAACCAGGAUUUAACAGACUAUAUGGGCCAGUGCCCUGAAAUUGAAAAGGAGAGAAAUGACGAAUUACUCUGGCUUUGGCAAGAGUCGACAGCUCUGUACCCCUCUAUAUAUCUUGAGCUGGUACUGAAGGACACCCCUGAGGCUGCUCUGUAUGUCCGCCAUCGCAUCCAGGAGGCCAUGAGAGUCUCUAUGCUGCCUAACAAAAACUACUCCAUUCCCAUCUAUGCCUACAUUCGUCCUGUGUACAAAGACAGUGAUGAGGUCUACUUGUCUAAGUUGGACUUGGUUAGUACUAUCGGAGAAGCUGCUGCUUUGGGGGCCGCCGGCGUUGUUGCCUGGGGGGAUAUGAACGUCUCGGAGAGCGAGAAUUCAUGCUUCGCUGCUAGACGCUACUUGGAGAAAACGAUGAACCCCUACAUCGUGAACGUAACUACGGCGGCGCGUCUGUGCAGCUCUGCACUAUGUCAAGGCAAAGGGCGAUGUGUGAGGAAGAACUGGGACAGUGGAGAGUACCUCCACCUCGAUCCGUACAGGUAUCUAAUCAAGCGGUCCAGACUCGGCGAACUGACCGUGAGGGGGGACCUAACCCAGGAUGACAUUGACUGGUUCGAGGAGAGGUUCGACUGCCUGUGCUACAGCGACGGUCCCUGCUACUCCCCCAUCACUUUGAACAGAGUAUCAAACUUCGUCCACGGUAAAGGAGUUAACCUCUACCCGGUGCGAGCUCCCUUUCUGACGUCCGUAAUAUUCUUGUAUUUCCUGUUAAGGCAAGCGUAGGCUUGAGUGUUAUAGGAUCUGCGUGCCACUAUAUGAGGGGAAAAAGAGGCACAU